CUUCACUGCAAUGUUGUGAACGCUGAGAUAUGGACUCACAACACCAGGGCUGCAGCGGUUAUUCAUGUCACGGACCAUUCAACUAAUUCUGCCAUUACUGACCUGAUUCGCCUCUCCACCAUUAAAGAGCUGCUGUGCAAUGUAGUCAGGACGAACAGCGGUUCAAGAGCUGCAAAAACGGUCUUCUCCUCUUCUGAUACCCACAGGGAGAGACGGUUGCAUCAGAUCAUGUUUGAUGAUAGGGACUACGAGGGAGUCAAAAGAGCAAGCCCAUCGGCGUCAAGGCCCAAUGUCACACUAAUGAACAUUGACAAGGAUUAUACCGUUGUCACCAUGAGGUCCAAAGAUAGACCAAAGCUUGUCUUUGACGUAGUCUGUACUUUGACUGAUAUGCAGUAUGUGGUGUUCCAUGGCAUGGUCAGCACAGAACCAGUGGAGGCUUAUCAGGAAUUUUACAUCCGUCAUGUAGAUGGACUUCCCAUAAACUCAGAAGCUGAGCAAGAACGUGUCAUACAAUGUCUCGAAGCAGCCAUUGAGAGGAGAGCAUCCGAGGGUUUAGAGCUGGAGUUAUUAGCAGAAGACCGAGUUGGUCUCCUCUCAGACAUAACCAGGACAUUCCGAGAGAACAGCUUAACAAUUGUGAGAGCAGAGAUCUCGACACGAGAGGGUAAGGCGAAAGACACUUUCUACGUUACGGACGUGACAGGAAACCCAGUUGAAUCAAAAAUAGUGGAGUCAAUCAGACAACAGAUAGGAGUAACCAAGCUGAAGGUGAAGAACAACGAGGAUUGCUCUGUUCUUGGUACGAGCAGGCCUUCGCAAGAAACAAUAAUGGGGUAUUUGCUAAGUAACAUCUUCAAACCCAAGUCUCACACAUAAGAGUGUACGUGUGCUUCGUAUAGAGAGAUCAUUAGACAGAGUAGGGCAUUCUUAAGCUGAUGGCGAUAACUGUAAAAUUUUGCACCCUUGUAAACAAGUCGUCGUCCCUUGUGUAAAUUUGUGUGAUCAUCAAAUAACAAGAACUGUCUUUGAUUCGA